AUGAAGGAUCUGGGUGAACUCAAGUUCUUUCUUGGCAUUGAAGUAUCUAGAUCACAAAAGGGAAUACUUAUGUGUCAAAGUAAGUAUACUGUUGAGCUGGUGUCUGAAAUAGGACUAUCAGGCUGUAAACCAGCAUCUACUCCCAUUGAAUUCAAUUACAAACUUACUUCCUUAGAGUUUGAUAAAUAUUUUAAUCAUAACUCUGAGUUGGACAAAGAACUAACUGAUAGCAGCAAGUAUCAAAUAUUGGUUAGAAGAUUAUUGUACCUAACUAUAACAAGACCUGAUAUUGCGUUUGUGGUCCAAGUACUAAGUCCGUUUAUGCACUCACCUAAGAAAUCACAUAUGGAGGUUGCACUCAGAGUAGUGAGACACAUAAAAGGUACAGCAGGACUUGGGUUGUUUAUGCCUAGUAGCAGGUGUUCCAAUCUAGUAUCAUUUUGUGACUCUGGCUGGGGCUCAUGUGUGGAGACCAGAAAAUCAGUCACUGGUCACAUUGUUAAUUUUGGAAAUGCAGUAAUCUCUUAG